CCAGGGCCUUCCAGCUUUUAGGCCCAUUUCGUAGAGUUGAGACAGGUACCAGCAAACCAAACCGAACGACCCCUGAGGUGACGUCAGUGACGAUGAAUGGAGAGUGAAACUCGUCAUAUUGGCUGGGAGAAGAAGUCCACGUUUAGGAUCGGAUAAUGGUUGAAGCUGGAAUUAAGCUGUGAAACUCGUCAUCGCAAUUCGCCAUAUUACCCGCUAAAUUCAUCUGUGUAAAAGCUUUGAAGAACUUGGGAAUAGUGAGAAGAAGAUGACGCUCAAAGUUUAUGUGGAUCGCAUGUCCCAGCCAUCCAGGGCUGUCAUUCUCUUCUGCAAACUGAACCGGAUUGACUUUGAGGAGAUCAAAGUAGACUUGUCUAAGCGUCAGCACUUGUCUCCUGAAUUUGCAGGUAUUUUGUUCUCUUCGGAAUCUCCAUUUUUCUGGGUGUUUGAAGUCUUGAAGGAAACAUUUUGGCUUGUUUGGAUUCUUCUUGAGACUGGGUUCCUGAAGUGGAAAUUGUGAGAGAUUUGGUGCACUUCUUUUUAGCAUGUGAUAUGAUAGGCACUUGAAUACAAGAUGAACCUAGCGGUUUGAUAGGGUUUUCUUGCAGAGAAACUCUAUUUAGAAGAGUGAUGUUGAGCGAAACUUAAUGAUGCUUCUGUGUUUGUCUUUGUCAAAUGGUGGAUUUUUAGAGAUAAACCCUAUGAAGCUAGUUCCUGCUAUUGUUGAUGGAAGAUUCAAGCUGUUUGAGAGUCAUGCGAUCCUCAUCUAUCUAGCUUGCGUAUUUCCUGGAGUUCCUGAUCACUGGUAUCCAGCUGAUCUUUUCAGGAGAGCUAAGAUUCAGUCAGUGCUUGAUUGGCAUCACACAAGCUUGCGCCGUGGUGCAGCUACAUUUGUUCUAAACAAGGCAUUGGCACCUGCACUUGGACUGCCCUUGAAUCCAAAAUUAGCGGCAGAAGGCGAGAAGAUUUUAACUGCAUCCUUGUCAAAGUUGGAGUCUUUCUGGCUCAAGGGCAGUGGGAAAUUCUUGCUCGGUGGAAAUCAGCCUUCUAUAGCAGAUAUCAGCCUCGUAUGUGAAUUAAUGCAAUUGGAGGUUUUGGAUGACAUGGAUCGAAACCGAGUUCUCAGUCCUCAUAAGAAGGUUCUACAAUGGAUCGAGUAUACAAAGGAUGCUACCAGUCCUCACUUUGACGAAGUGCACCGAGUCCUCUUCAAAGUGAAAGAAAUGUUGAAGACUUUGAGGUCAACUGAAUCUAGCUUAAACAAAAAAGUGCAGUCCAGGAUGUGACUAACCCCCACUGUUAUUUACAAUGCUGUUUUCCAGCUUCUUAGGCUUCUGGUAAUUCUUCAACAUGAGUGAACACACGACUACACUGACUGAAGAGGCUGCCAUUGCCGCUCCAGCAAUCCACGGUGGCAAUCGGAAUCCAGUCCCAGGGAAAAGAGCUCCUGCGGCUAUUGGAAUGCCAAGGAGGUUAUAACCCAGAGCCCAUAUGUAGUUUAGACGAAUGCGGGCAAAGGUCUUUCUUGAGAGGUCUAUUGCAGUGAUCACAUCUUCCAAGUUGCUCUUCAUCAGAACAAUGUCAGCUGCUUCAAUGGCAACAUCUGUUCCUGCACCAAUUGCCAUUCCAACAUCUGCUGCAACGAGUGCUGGCGAAUCGUUUAUCCCGUCACCUACCAUCGCCACUACACGACCUGCAGCCUUCGCAUAGAAAAGAUAGUGUUUGGCUUCUGCAACAACGUUAUUGAUCCCAACUUCUCGGGCAAUGGAAUUGGCAGUCCCCCAGUUAUCACCUGUCACCAUGAUGCUCUCGAUUCUCAUAGACCUGAGGAUUGAGAUGACUUCUUGUGCACCAGGUUUCAAUGGAUCAGAUAUUGCUAGAACUCCAGUCACCUCCUUAUCAAUUGAUACCAGAAUUCCAGUUUGAGCCCUUUCUUCAGUUUCCGCCAGCAUCUCUUCAGCAUCAAUCGGAAUGGUUAUUUUUUCAUCAAGCAUCAAGCUCUUGUUUCCAACUAUGAUUUCCUUAUUGCGAACGCUGGCCCUGACUCCGUGGCCUGUGAUGGAGAUGAAAUCACGUGCUUCCGGCCAGGCAGGAUUUUCUUCAUCUUCUCUGAACUUCUUGGCAUACUCCACAAUUGCCUUGCCCAAAGGAUGCUCGCUGUUCACCUCUGCAGCAGCAACAAGUUCAUAGAAGUCGCUGAGCACCAUAUUUCUCAGGAGCUUUGUGUUGACAACGACCGGUUUUCCAACCGUGAGAGUUCCCGUCUUGUCAAAUACAAUGCAGUCGACCCUGUGUGCACUUUCUAAUGCAUGGCCACCUUUGAUGAGGACACCCUGGGACGCGCCAACUCCAGUGCCAACCAUGACAGCAGUAGGAGUUGCCAGUCCAAGAGCGCAAGGGCAAGCUAUCACCAUGACCGAGAUUCCAAACUGCAGAGCUAAUUGAAAGCUAUCCAUGGAACGUGGGAUCCAAGACUCUGGAUAGCCGUGCAAUUUCCCAGCCAAAAACCAUGCCAGCCAAGUCGAAAGUGAGAGAAUAAUCACCUGCAACAACAAAAUACUUACAUUUGCUUCACAAAAUAACUCAUGG